CCCGUUAUAAUUAAAAAGAUAGAAGUCAGCCCUGGUCAGAACAGAGGUGAGAGGCUACACUGCAACAUCCCAGCAGAAUAAUGAAGAACAGACCCCCCGUUAUAAUUAAAAAGAUAGAAGUCAGCCCUGGUCAGAACAGAGGUGAGAGGCUACACUGCAACAUCCCAGCAGAAUAAUGAAGAACAGACCCCCGUUAUAAUUAAAAAGAUAGAAGUCAGCCCUGGUCAGAACAGAGGUGAGAGGCUACACUGCAACAUCCCAGCAGAAUAAUGAAGAACAGACCCCCCGUUAUAAUUAAAAAGAUAGAAGUCAGCCCUGGUCAGAACAGAGGUGAGAGGCUACACUGCAACAUCCCAGCAGAAUAAUGAAGAACAGACCCCCCGUUAUAAUUAAAAAGAUAGAAGUCAGCCCUGGUCAGAACAGAGGUGAGAGGCUACACUGCAACAUCCCAGCAGAAUAAUGAAGAGCGCUUCUAAUUGGGACUGACCGAACACGACCAGCGAUCCUGGAGAAAUAAUCUCACAUGUAUUACAAAGCUAACCCAUACCGUACAUCGAAUCUGCUUUAUUAUCCGCUUGAUCAGUGCGGUUCAGGCAGCAGAAACGCGCAGGGAGUGAAGGAGGGCUACGAGAACCGCUUUGAGAGUCAGAUUUUUUUUUAACGUGUAAUGAGAACCAGAUGUUGGCUUGUGGUUUAGUGUCGAUUUCAUAGUGCCAAUCAAAGGACCCUUAACCAGUUAACGCCCUCUUUGCAGCCUGAGCCCUCCCACUCGGGCUUGCUGUCGGCCAGAGGCGGUGUGGGUUCUGGCUUGAAAUCCCAAUAUUCAGUGUGGAGGUCCAGUCACAGCCGCGCAGCUAGCUAGGCAACAGCUGUCCUUCUUGAGCUAGCCUUUAAACCCCUCCACACUGUUCUUAGCCGCUUAGUUUAUUUAACCCAAAUGCAGUAACUGUAUUAUUAUUAUUAUUAUUAUUAUUAUUAUUAUUAUUAUUAUUACUAUUUAAAUAAAAACGAUGUGGGACAAAGCGACAGUUUUUCUUCUAAAGCUGUCCUGGACUUUCUGCCUGGUGACUGCGAUUGAAAGGCGAGACCUCUUCCCUUACGGACCACACAGCGGAGAUUCAGCUCUCCCAGAAGGGGAUGACGAGACGUCCGAAGUGCUGACAUUGAAGAGACCGCUGUAUUUCUACGAGACAAAGUUCAGCGAGCUCUACGUGGGCACCAACGGGAUCAUCUCGCCGCAGGAUUUCCCUCGGGAGACGCAGUACGUGGAUGACGGUUUCCCAACAGAUUUCCCGGUCAUCGCCCCCUUCCUGUCCGAUUUGGACACGAGCAACGGGAAGGGAACUAUCUACUACCGGGAGGACGACUCCACGGAGGUGCUGAUCCGGGCGGCGGAGGAAGUAAAGAGAGGCUUCCCCGAGAGCACCUUCAGCCCCACGGCCGCCUUCAUAGCGACCUGGGACAGCGUGGGGCCGUACCAGGAGGUGACGCGGAACUCGGUGCCUUCCAACAGGGUGAACACGUUCCAGGUGGUGCUGGCCUAUGACGACACAGACACCUACGCCCUGUUCCUGUACCCGCGCAAUGAGCUGCAGUUCUACGGCACGCGCCCCAAGGAGUCGUACAACGUGCAACUGGAGCUGCCGGCGCGCGUGGGGUUCAGCCGGGGAGAGCUGAGCUUCCUGUUCCUGAGGAAAGAGGGGCCCUUCUACAGCGUGACGAGCAGCGAGCAGACCGUCAAGAACCUGCACCAGGUUGGGAACACCGGAGUGCCUGGGCUGUGGCUCUACCACAUCGGGAGCAGCUUCCCCCUGGAUAACGUGGUUGGUGCGGAGGCCGGGGGUGCUCAGUCCGGUGGGGACUCUGUGGUGACUCUGGACAGUACCCUGAACAACCCGGGGCAGCCCAGCCAGCCCGAGCCUGACUACCCUGAACAGGACUACUCUGAGGAGGUCUACGAGGAUGAGGACGGGCAGAAGGAGGGGGAGGCGGAGGAGUAUCCCACGGCUGUCCGGCCAGACCUUCCUUCAUACCCAGAGCCCCCAGGGUCCAGUAACCACUACCCCUCCAGUGAAGACCCUUCAGAACAGCUCCCAGACUCCUUCCCUGUGGCCAACCAGCCCCCCUCUGACACUGACACUACCCAGCUGCCUGAAUCCCACCCUAAACAUGAGCCCUCUUACCCCGAGCCCUCUUACCCUGAGCCCUAUUACCCGGAGCCCUCUUACCCCGAGCCCUCUUACUCCCAGGCUUCCUACCCUGAGCCCUCGUACCCCGAGCCCUCUUACCCUGAGCCCUCUUACCCUGAGCCCUCUUACCCUGUGGCUUCCUACCCCGAGCCCUCUUACCCCGAGGCUUCCUACCCAGAGCCCUCUUACCCCCAGGCUUCUUACCCUGAGCCUUCAUACCCCGAGCCCUCUUACCCUGAGCCCUCAUACCCCGAGCCCUCUUACCCUGAGCCCUCUUACCCCCAGGCUUCCUACCCUGAGCCCUCAUACCCCGAGCCCUCUUACCCUGAGCCCUCUUACCCCCAGGCUUCCUACCCUGAGCCCUCAUACCCCGAGCCCUCUUACCCUGAGCCCUCUUACCCCCAGGCUUCCUACCCUGAGCCCUCUUACCCAGAGCCCUCUUACCCCAAGCCCUCGAACCCCCAGCCUCAGGAUCCAGAUGUGCAGGCAGUGUACCCAGAGGGGGGUGUCAUCCCCUUGCCAGAGAGCAGCCCCCCGCACACACAGGGCAGGAGCGUGGUCAGCGUGGAUGAAGACGUGGAUGCUGGAGUGUUCGUGUACAACACAGAAAACAGGGAGACCUGCGCUCAGUUUGAGGGGCAGUGCUCGCGACACGCCUACUGUUCCGAUUACUCCUCGGGAUUCUGCUGCCAUUGCCACUUGGGUUACUAUGGAAACGGGAGGCACUGCCUGCCAGAUGGAGUGCCCCAUCGCGUGAACGGGAAGGUGAGCGGGCGUGUCUUGGUGGGUGCCACGCCCGUGGACUUUGGCAGCGUGGACCUGCAUGCCUACGUGGUGGUGAGUGAUGGGAGAGCUUACACGGCCAUCAGCCACAUCCCUGAGCUUGCCGGCUGGGCGCUGAUGCCCCUCUCCCCCAUCGGAGGCCUCUUUGGGUGGCUCUUCGCCCUGGAGCUGACCGGCCAUGAGAACGGAUUCAGCGUCACGGGUGCUGAGUUUGCCCGCUAUGCCGAUGUCACGUUCUACCCCGGGAACGAGAGGCUCAGUAUCAUCCAGACAGCCCAGGGCCUGGACUCUCAGAACUACCUGACUGUGAGCACUGAGAUCCAGGGGCAGGUGCCCUUCGUGCCCCCAGGCGCCACUGUGCAGAUGGAGCCCUACAAGGAGGUGUACCAGUACCUGCCCUCAGUGGUGAAGUCGUCCUCACUCAGAGAGUACACCGUGCUGUCUGUGGAAAGUGGCUCCCAGACUUUCUCCUACCAGCUGAGCCAGAACGUGACGUACCGAGACUGCCGCCACGGCCACAGGAGCCUGCCGGACACCCAGCAGCUGAGCGUGGAGCGCGUCUUCAUGCUGUACAGCAAGGAAGAACAGGUGCUGAGAUACGCACUCACCAACCAGAUUGGCCCUGUCAGAGAGGACUCCAAGCCUGUGGUUGUGAGCCCCUGUUACGAGGGCACCCACGAGUGCGACAUGACUGCCCAGUGCAUCCCGGGUGAGGGAACACAGUACCAGUGCCAGUGUGCCACUGGGUACAGAGGAGACGGCCGCACCUGCUAUGAUACGGACGAGUGUGCGGAGGGCCUGAGCAGCUGUGGGAGUCACUCCCUGUGUGUGAAUCUGCAGGGCAGUCACCGCUGUGAGUGCCAGAGUGGGUACCACUUCACUGGGGAUGGGCGAACCUGCACUGACAUCGACGAGUGCGCCAAUCCCAGGUGUGACCCCCACGCCACCUGCUACAACACGCCAGGCUCCUUCCACUGCCGCUGUGUUCCAGGCUACAAGGGGGAUGGGUUCCAGUGCGUGGCGAGCCCCGAGCCCACACAGCCCCCCAGGACGGCCUGCGAGCAGCACAGACACAGCCUGCAGAGGGAGCUGAGACCCCGGGGGCCCCACCCUGCCGUGGGGGUCUACGUGCCGCAGUGCGAUGAGGAGGGCCAAUACCAGCCGCUGCAGUGCCACGGCUCCACGGGACACUGCUGGUGUGUGGACAGCAGGGGGCAGGAGAGGCCCGGCACCAGGACCCUCCCCGGCACCCCCCCGACCCGCUGUGACCUGCCAGAGCCCACACAGCCCCCCAGGACGCCCUGCGAGCAGCACAGACACAGCCUGCAGAGGGAGCUGAGCCCCCGGGGGCCCCGCCCUGCCGUGGGGGUCUACGUGCCGCAGUGCGAUGAGGAGGGCCAAUACCAGCCGCUGCAGUGCCACGGCUCCACGGGACACUGCUGGUGUGUGGACAGCAGGGGGCAGGAGAGGCCCGGCACCAGGACCCUCCCCGGCACCCCCCCGACCCGCUGUGACCUGCCAGAGCCCACACAGCCCCCCAGGACGGCCUGCGAGCAGCACAGACACAGCCUGCAGAGGGAGCUGAGCCCCCGGGGGCCCCGCCCUGCCGUGGGGGUCUACGUGCCGCAGUGCGAUGAGGAGGGCCAAUACCAGCCGCUGCAGUGCCACGGCUCCACGGGACACUGCUGGUGUGUGGACAGCAGGGGGCAGGAGAGGCCCGGCACCAGGACCCCCCCCGGCACCCCCCCGACCCGCUGUGACCUGCCAGCCCCAACACAGCGCCCCGAGACCGUGUGCGAGCGCUGGAGAGCCAGUCUGCUGGAUCACUAUGGGGGCCGGCCCGCCGCCCACCACUUCAUCCCACAGUGUGACGACCUGGGGCUCUUCAACCCCCUGCAGUGCUAUGGGGACAGCAGCUACUGCUGGUGUGUGGACCAGGACGGCAGGGAGCUGGAGGGGACCCGCUCCCAGCACGGAGUCACCCCGGCAUGCAUCCCGACCGUGGCUCCUCCCACUCUGCGGACGACCCCCCGCCCCGAAGUGACCCCGCCCCCCGCCGGCGCGGCGCUGCUCUACGCUCAGGGACAGCAGAUCGGCUCCCUGCCACUGAACGGGACCCGGCUCAGCAUGGACAAGGCAGCCGUCCUGCUGGCUCUGCAUGGCUCCAUCGUGGUUGGGAUUGACUAUGACUGCAGAGAGAGGACGGUGUACUGGACAGACGUGGCGGCUCGAACCAUCAGCAGAGCCAGCCUGGAGCCCGGGGCUGAACCAGAGAGCGUCGUCAACUCCGGCCUCCUCAGCCCUGAGGGCCUGGCCGUUGACUACCUGCGGAGGAGCAUGUUCUGGGUGGACAGCGGUCUGGACAAGAUAGAAGCAGCCAGGCUGGACGGCACCGAGCGGCGCGUCCUGUUCGACACGGACCUGGUCAACCCCAGAGCUAUAGCGGUGGACCCUCGGGGCGGUAACCUCUACUGGACAGACUGGAACCGCGAGGGCCCCAAAAUCGAGACCUCCACGGUGGACGGAGCCAACAGGAGGGUGCUGGUCAAGGAUGACAUCGGGCUGCCCAACGCACUGACCUUCGACCCCCUCAGGAAGCAGCUCUGCUGGGCUGAUGCUGGCACCAAGAGACUGGAGUGCGCGCAGCCAGAUGGCACAGGAAGACACGUGAUACACAGCAACCUGAAUUACCCCUUCAGUCUGGUCAGCUACUCCAACCACUUCUACUACACGGACUGGAGAAGGGACGGGGUGAUGGCACUGAGCAGAGACACCAACCAGUUCACUGACGAGUACCUCCCUGCUCAGAGAUCCCACCUGUACGGGAUCACAGUGGCCUACCCUCGCUGCGUUUCAGGGAGGAAGUAAUGGUGGAGCUAACGAGUGAAGUCUAUGCAGAUCUGUUGCUCGAGGGGGGAAGGAAUAAUUUUGAGAGGACACUUCCAAAGAGGAGAACAGCAUUUGAGGGGAAGAGCCUGCAAGAUGGACAGGCUGGGGGAGGAAGAGGAGGAGGAGGGGGGUGGGCUUUCCAGGACUGGAUGGGGGUCGUUUUUUUAAACAAAAACAAAUCCUCAAACAAAAACCUCCUGUAAUAUUCUUUUUUAAUAGUACGUUUUGUAAAUUUCUUGUUUUUUUUAUACCUCAUUUUUAUUACUGUAUUUGUAUGGUUUUAAAAGAAUAAAGAGUGAUGGGCCUGGAGGACAAUCGUAAUGAAACAAAAACAGAGGGAGAGGAAGGGAGGGAGGAGACAUCAGCCAUCACAAGUGCUGCUUGUUUAUGUACCAGUACAGGCAGUAUUGCAAUGAUGUAUUAACUGUGCACUAAAAUACAGGCAAAAAAUACAGUGGAGGCAAGAGUCUCAAUGUCAGUGACUUGUUAGCAUUUAUCAACAUCUAUUACUGUUUCUUCUGAACCUUGUCACGUGUCCGUUUCAUUUUUAUUCAGCCCUGUCAGUCCUGGCAGCACCUCAAGGUCCGUAUGUUCACGCAUGCCGUCAGAAAUCCCGUUAGAACCCCAUGGGGCUCCCAGGUCCCAGUCUGAGGUCGUGUCGCAAUACGUACAUGUAAAACAAAAAAAAUCCUACUCUCAUGUAUACAAAAAUAAUUCAGGACUGAAAGGAUUAACAGGUAAACGUAAACCCUAGAAAGACAUAGGAAAAAAACGAAUAUUAUUUUAAGCUACUGUUUAAAAAAAGAAAAGCAGCAGCAAACAACAAUGCCAAAGUCUGCAGUAACAACCACAAGAUUAAACAUAAUAAAUAAAAACCUGGCUGGAUUUCCCCCCAGUUUGCUCAGAACUAGCAGAGCCGUUCCAUUUGAAACUCCCAUUUCUGAUGAAGAACAUUGCAGUGUCACAUACCUAGAACACCAAGAACGGAAGAAAAGUUUGGGAGCGAGAAAACGCUGUUCUGCCCUCAAGGCCUGACCCUUGUUAGCACAGCAUUCGCCCCGUCUCAGUAGGGGGGUCUCAUUUAGAAGCACAUAAUCUAGCCAGCGUUUUAGAUCCUAGUACACAUGCAUUUAUAACUCUGUGUAGAACACUACUAUAACAAAAUCAAGCAGAGUUUGAAUCAUUUGACCUUAGGCUUCCUACACUAACACUUCACGCCUCCUCAUGCUGGGAUGUUAGUGUGACA